AUGGUACUCUCUCUUCUCUUCCUAGUCACAAUCUUAACCAUGACAACCUCGUCAUUUUCCGACACUAACUCUUACAUCUUCGGUGGUUGUUCUCGUCUCAAAUUCUCACCUGGUUCCAACUACGAAACCAGCGUAAACUCGAUCCUCUCCUCAUUAGUUAACUCGGCAACGUUCACAACCUACAACAAUUUCACUGUUCCGGGAGCCACCGCGUCGGAAACCGUCUCCGGACUUUUCCAGUGUCGCGGUGAUAUUACCAAUGAUCAGUGUUCAACCUGCGUCGAGCGUGCGGUGAGUCAACUCGGAACACUCUGUUUUGAAACCUACGGUGGCGCGUUGCAGCUCGAAGGUUGUUUCGUGAAGUACGAUAAUGUUAAGUUUAUUGGAGUAGACGACAAGACGGAAGUGGUCAAGAAAUGUGGACCGUUGAUUGGGUUGACUUCUGAUGCAAGAGAUGAUGUGCUGGCUUAUUUAGAGUCGUCCGAUGGGGUUUAUAAAACUUUUAGAAGUACUUCUUCUGGGGAUUUUCGGGGUGUGGCGCAGUGCACGGGGGAUUUGAGUUCUAGUGAGUGUCAGGAUUGUGUUUCUGAUGCGAUCCAACGGUUGAAAAGUGAAUGCGGAGGUUCUACUUGGGGUGAUAUGUAUUUGGCUAAAUGCUACGUGCGGUACUCGGAAGGUGGAAUUCACUCGCGAGGUCAUAACGAUGAUGAAAAUGACAAUGAUGAUGAGAUUGAAAAGACACUAGCCAUACUAAUUGGACUCAUUGCUGGUGUUGCAUUGAUAAUAGUUUUCCUUUCCUUCUUGUCCAAAGUUUGUGAAAAGCAGAGAGGUGGUAAAUGA